UCCGGAUGUUAUUAGGUAAGCGAGGCAAAAAUAGUUCUGACACGUCCUUUGGGGUGACCGAGCCCCUCUCCACUUGCUUCUGUCAAUCACAGCACAAAACAAGAUGGCAGGCUGUGGGAGCUGGGUCUUCUUUUUAACAGUGUGUGCUGCCAGUUUGUUUGGGGCCAGUGCUGAGAUCAAAGUUACCAUUCCUGUGGGGAAGUUUUUUACACAUGAGCUGCUGAGAGAGCCUUUCCAGAACGACUUUGAACCUUUGGCCAAACUCUACGCCGGCCGCUUAUACAAUGACCCCAUAAUUUUUAAGUGCAACAAGCAGAAUUUCCCAGACCUCCCAGAGUGGCUGCGCUUCACCCAAAGGCACCCCUAUGACAAUGGCUUCCUGUAUGGCACACCAACAUCUCCAGGAAAAAGUACAAUUGAGAUGUAUGCCAUCAACAAGCGGAGUUACGACACAGUCAGACACCUUCUCAUAAUCGAAGUCGUUGCAGAGAAGAUGCUGCCCUAUCAAGCCGAAGUCUUCAUCAAACUGAGAGAGAUUGAAAAAGUGCUGCCCUCUACUGUUCAGGAUGAGCUAAAGCAGGAUUUGCAGAAGCUGUGGGGGACACAGACCUUAGAAAUAAUCAACAUAACCAACGCCCUCGACCGUGGGGGCAGAGUCCCCCUCCCUCUCGCGGGACACUUUGAAGGUGUGUACGUGAAGGUGGGGUCAAAGAAGUAUUUCUCAGAUUGUCUCCGGAGGGUGCUGACUCCCCAGCACCAAAAGCAGUGCAAAGCAGAGGCCAAAGUCAAGGUCCCCGGAGAAUGCACCUUCUGCAGCAAUCCCAGCAACUGUAUCACCUGGUGCAAGACGGAGCUGUUUGAUCUGACAAAGCUGAAGCCACAGCCACCUGCUCCCACCAUGGGUUCAGGGAUUUUGGAAGCAGGAGAUGACUUCAACCCUCUAGAGUCUCCCCCGAGCAGAGACUAUUUCCCAGACUAUAUCGUGACAGUGAUUGUGCCCCUGAUCAUUGCUAUCGUCCUGUGUCUGCUGCUGGCCUACAUCAUGUUCGGCAGACGAGAGGGAGUUUCUAAAAGGAAUGCAAGAACAAACCAAAUUCAGCUGUACCACCACUACACCAUUCACGAGAACACCGACGAGCUGAGGAGCAUGGCCGGAAGCCGAGGCGUCCCUCCGCCUCUCUCCACGCUGCCCAUGUUUAACAGCCGAACUGGAGAGAGAGCCUCACCGGUGCAGUCUGACAGCAUCCCCCUCAUCAUGGCCCAGCAAGAUCCAUACAGUGACACGCUGCCCAGGAAGUGAGAUCGGCGAUGGAUCAAACAUCUCUGACAUAUGGAGUGUUAUUUUUACCCUCUCUGUGGUUCUGUAUUUGCAUUUGGAUGUUAUAAUUUUGAGUGCAGUGAACUCAUCGUGAUGCUCAAGAAACCAGUUUGAGGUUAUCUGCGUUUUGUCACAUGGCAUGCUCUCCUGCUGGAAGCCGUCAUCAAAAGCUGGCUACACUGUGGUCAUAAAGGGAUGGACAUGGUAAGCAACAAUACUCGGGUAGGCUGCAGCAUUUCAACAAUGCUCAGCUGGUACUAAGGGGUCCAAAGUGUACCAAGAAAAUAUCCCCCCACACCAUUACACCACCACUCCCAGUAUGAGCCGCUGAUACGAGGUAGAAAGGAUCCGUGCUUUCAUGUCACCGCAGAAACUGACGCUCAUCUGUCCCAUCAACGUUUUUCCUGUUUUCAGCUGCUGAAUUGUGGUGAGCCGGUGUAAACUUAGCCUGAAGUUCCUGUUCUGGGUUGACAGGAAUGGCACCCGGUGUGGUCUUCUCCGGCUGUAGCCCAUCUACGUCCAGGGUCAAGGUCCUGCAUGUUCACAGAUGCUCUUAUGCACACCUUGGCUGUAACAAGUAUUUAUGAGUUUCUUCCCUGAAGCCAUUCACCUCUGACCUCUGACAUAAGCAAGACAUUUUCACCCAGAGAACUGCUGCUCGCUGGACAAUUUCUCUUUAUUGCACCAUUCUGUGUGAACCCCAGAGAUGUUUGUGUGGGAAAAUCCCAGCAGAUCAGCAGUUUCUGACACACUCAAACCAGCCUGUUUGGCACCAACAACCAUGCCACAUUCAAAGUCACUUAAAUCACAUUUCUUGCCCAUUCUGCUCAAUUUGAGUCUCAGCAGGUUGUUUGUUUGACCGUGUCAAAAUGCCUGAAUACAGUGAGUUGCUGCCAUGUGAUUAGCUGAUUAGAUAUUUGUGUUAAUGAGCAGUUGAACCCUAAUAACCCGUGAGCGGACAGAUAAAUUUGGGCUCCCUCUCUUGGUAUUUCCCUGUCACAGUGGGUCCUAUCUUGUACUCAGGACCUUAAAUCUGUGGGUCAACAGAUGAUUAACAAGACAGAAAAUGUAAUCAGAUUUCUGCACAUCAGUGUAUAUGUUUCAUCUCCUGACAGUCCAAUCUUUUAAUAAUUGGUAUUGUGUGGCAUAAGGUCCACAUUAUGCUUUCUCCUGCAGGAGCUAAUUGGAAGGAUAUUAUCCUCCCUGACCCACUGCAUGCUUUUUGGGUUUCUUUCUUUUGCAUGUCACUCAUCCAUACCCACUUUACACCACUGAUGUUGUUUUUGUCAAU